GAGAAUCUGAGAGGACCCAUAUUUGUCAAUUUGCUUAGUUAGUAGCUGGAGCGCGGUGUUAUCGUUAUCGCAAGUCAGCUUGAGCCUCUCAUUUGUGUCGGUUUCAAUCCCUAGAAACUCGCUCAGGAGCAAUACUGUGGACCAUUAUCAGCAUCAUGUCGAACGGAGUCACAUCGAACGGGCACGAGGCGGCCUACAAGCCGUACGAUCAGAUCCUCCUGUUCGGCGAUUCCAUCACGGAGUUUGGUAGCAAUCAGGAAUUGGGCUUUGGGUUUCACGCCGCAUUGCAGCAUGCAUACAGUCGCCGCUUCGACGUGGUGAACCGUGGUUUAGCCGGCUAUGCCACCUGCCACGCGAUCAAAGUAGUAUCUCAAUGCAUCCCUUCUCCGGAGCGAGCCACCGUUCGUCUGAUGACCCUCUGGUUCGGCGCCAACGACUCCUGCCUCCCGGCCUUCUCGCAAUACGUGCCCGUGGAGCAAUACAAGGAGAACCUCAAACGCAUCAUCCAGCAUCCGGCCACGGUCGCGCAGAACCCGCGCAUCCUCAUCAUCACCCCGCCGCCCAUCAACGAAUACCAGCUGGAGUUCUUCGACAAGGGCAAGGGGAACCCGCACCCGACGCGGACGAAUCAGAACGCCAAACUCUACGCACAGGGCGCCCGCGACCUCGCAGCUUCGCUGGGGGUGCCGGUCGUGGAUGUCUGGACUGCGUUCAUGACGGCCGUUGGAUGGAAAGAGGGCCAGCCGUUGGUGGGGUCCAGGGAGUUGCCGAACGAUGAGAAGUUCGCCAGCUUGUUUACGGAUGGAUUGCAUUUGUCCGGGGAGGGGUAUCGCAUUGUUUAUGAUGUGCUGAUGAAGACCAUCGAGGAGAAUUGGCCGGAUCUGGCACCGCAGAAUAUCCCCAUGAUUUUCCCUCCUUGGCCUCAGGCGCCCAGGUGAGAUGAGCUGGUCAUGCGGGGAGAUGGGUGUAUAUA